UCAGUUUGCAAGCAAUCCGGUGGUUCGUCACAAAUGCGGUCUUCAGUCUUGAGUCGUUAAGCACGCUGCAAGACAAGACUACAUGAGCUGUUUUUAAACAUAUUUUAAAGAAUCCGCGUUUUUAAUACUGUGUUGUACUUUUUGUAUUUUUGGAAAUGGGAGUCCCAGCUUUUUUUCGCUGGCUGAGUCGGAAGUACGCAUCUAUUAUUGUGCAUUGCUUAGAGGAGAAGCCAAAAGAAUGUAACGGAGUUUGCAUACCUGUUGAUACCAGCAAACCUAAUCCAAAUGAAGUUGAAUUUGACAACUUGUACCUGGACAUGAAUGGCAUCAUUCACCCGUGUACACACCCAGAGGACAAAGCUGCCCCCAAGAAUGAGGAUGAAAUGAUGGUGGCAAUUUUUGAGUACAUUGACCGCUUGUAUAACAUUGUUCGCCCGCGAAAGCUCCUUUACAUGGCAAUAGACGGAGUUGCUCCUCGUGCCAAAAUGAACCAGCAGAGAUCCAGGAGAUUUCGAGCUUCUAAAGAAGGUGUGGAGCUAACAGAAGAAAAGUCACGCAUAAGAGAGGAGGUCUUGCAAAGAGGUGGGUAUCUGCCCCCAGACGAAGUAAAAGAAAGAUUUGACAGCAACUGUAUUACCCCGGGGACUGAAUUUAUGGAAAAUCUUGCAAGGUGUUUGCGGUAUUAUGUUGCUGAAAGACAAAACAAUGAUCCUGGAUGGAAAAACAUAACGGUAAUCUUGUCUGAUGCCAGUGUACCUGGUGAGGGAGAACACAAGAUCAUGGAUUACAUUAGAAGACAACGAGCUCAACCGAACCAUGACCCCAAUACUCAUCACUGUUUAUGUGGAGCGGAUGCUGAUUUGAUUAUGCUGGGGUUGGCUACUCAUGAGCCCAAUUUCACGAUCAUACGGGAGGAGUUCAAACCAAACAAGCCAAGACCUUGUGGCCUUUGUGGCCAGGUUGGUCAUGAAAUUAAAGAUUGCCAGGGCGUUGCAAGGGAGAAGCAAGGAGAGCAUGAUCAGUUUGCUGACAGUCUUCCAUGUUCAGAACAGGAGUUCAUUUUUAUCCGAAUUGCUGUUUUACGAGAGUAUUUGGAGAGAGAGUUGACCAUGGCCAGCUUGCCUUUCCCUUUUGACAUUGAAAGGAGUGUUGAUGACUGGGUGUUCAUGUGUUUCUUUGUCGGAAAUGACUUCUUGCCUCAUUUGCCUUCUUUAGAAAUUAGGGAGGGAGCAAUUGAUCGUCUGGUUGGCAUUUAUAAGGAUGUGGUACACAAAACUGGGGGCUAUCUGACAGAAAGUGGCUUUGUUGACUUGGAACGUGUGGAGCUGAUAAUGCAAGCUGUGGGAGUUGCAGAGGAUAACAUUUUUAAAAAACGGAAAGAGGAUGAUGAAGGCUUCAAAAGGAGAAUGAAAGAAAAAAAGAAACGUAUGAAAGCAGACAAACCAGCAUUUUUGCCUUCAGGACAGUUUGCACCACAGGCAUUAGGUAGGAGAGGUGGUGCGCAGCCUGUUGAUAACCCAAGACAGGCAGCAUUUAAUAUGAGAAUGCAUGGACGAGAUCAGCAGAAUAUGAAUGCUGCCUCUUCUUUGAAAGCCAUGAUGAAGAAUGGACAGCAGACUCCCUCAGGAUCCCGGGACGAUGGCAGCCCCUCUCCCUCGGGGGGUGUGAAGAGGAAGGCGCAGGACAGUGACAGUGAACCUGAACCGGAGGAUAACAUCAGAUUGUGGGAGGAAGGUUGGAAGCAACGUUACUAUAAAAAUAAGUUUGAUGUGGACGCAUCAGAUGAGAAAUUCCGUCGCAAAGUGGUGAAGUCCUACGUUGAAGGUCUUUGCUGGGUCCUUAGAUAUUACUACCAGGGCUGUGCUUCAUGGAAGUGGUAUUUCCCUUUCCAUUAUGCUCCUUUUGCCUCUGACUUUAAAGAUAUUAAGGGCAUGUUUACGGAGUUUGAGCUGGGCACAAAACCGUUUAAACCUUUGGAACAGUUAAUGAGUGUAUUUCCAGCUGCCAGUGGGAACUUCUUGCCUGUCUCAUGGCAAAAGCUUAUGACCGAUCCUAACUCCUCUAUUAUUGACUUCUACCCCGAUGAUUUUGCUAUUGACUUGAAUGGAAAGAAGUAUGCCUGGCAAGGUGUUGCUCUGCUGCCGUUCGUUGAUGAGCGUCGUCUGAGGGCUGCUUUGGAAGAGGUCUACCCUGACCUCUCUCCUGAUGAAAUUAAAAGGAACAGUCUCGGAAGCGAUGUUUUGUUUAUUGGAAAACACCAUCCACUGUCUGACUUCAUCAGAGAGCUGUACAGGGUUAAUAGCACAGAGAGUGUGGACAUACCUCCUGAACUGUGUCAUGGCAUCAAGGGUGCUCUUGAUUUGGAUGAAUCUGCAAUUCUACCAGAGAAGACAGUCAAGUCGCCUGUUCCAAUGCUGAAGGAUAUUACUCAUAACAGUGUAGUAAGCAUAAAAUUCAAGGACCCGCAAUUCCAAGAAGGGUUUGUUUUCAAAGCCGUUCUUCUUCCAGGAGCGAAACUUCCUCCAAAAGUGCUGAAACCUGGUGACUGGGAAAGGUCUGGCAGGGGUUCGUGGAGGCCUCAGCUUGGCUUCAAUCCACACAGGCAGCAGGUCCACUUGGAUCAGUCAGCGUUUAGGGCACUGGGCCAUAAUAUGUCCAGGGACAGACAAAGAGACAGUGUCUACAGCAGCGCUCCACCACCUGGAGCGUAUAACCAAGGAAGGGGGGGGCAGCUACCACCCUCUCUGCCAUAUUCAAGGCAGCAGCAAGGCUCUUUGCUUGGCCCUUCUCCUGGAUAUAAUCAGCAAUAUCCCAGAAGUUAUGGUAAUGUGUCGUCUUCGGGUUGGAACCAGAUGCAGUCACAGGGUUCUGCCUACCAGCAAAGCCAACAGAGAGGUCGAGGGGGAGGUGGCAAUUACCAUCAACGCUAUGAAGAGCGAAGGGAUCACCGGGGGAGACAGGGAGACAACUCUGGGAGGAAGUACCCUCUGCCACCCACUUCAGGAAGAUAUACUUGGAAUUAAGGGGUUUGAGUACAACAUGCUGGGUCUCAAAGGAUAAUUCACUGGAUUAAAGGAAAUGUAACUUGUUUAUUUUCCCAGUAUUUUUUAUUGUAACAAAUUCUUGAUGUAUUUUUUAAUUUUUUAAAUGUGCUAUUCUGUGCCAGUAAAAAACCAACCGGAACGGUAGUUCAGAUGUGUGUGUCUGAUUUUCAGUGCAGUCUUGUAAUUGGCAAUAUUUUCUUCUGCAUACUUUUUUUUUUUCACAUUGCUGAACUGUGUGAGCACAGUUGGUUUUUGCUUUGCUGUCCUCUGUUGAACAUGGAUUAUUGCACAGAAUCUACUGCCACAUGUUUUAUGUAAUUAAAGAAAAUAUUAUUGGCCCACAAUUCCUUCUCCAAUUUAUAGGUGCAUCUUUGUGUUUAAUACAACCUCUUUGGAACACAACUUCAAUAAAAUAUUUCCCAUUGAA